GUGGUAGAUUUCAUACAUCUUUGUGCAAAUAUCAUCGUUGAACACCUCAACCAUGGCUCCACAAGUCUUCUUCAUUACAGGAACGUCGACCGGCUUCGGCAACGAGCUGGUCAAGAAGGCGUUGAAGGAGGGCGACAAAGUGGUCGCAACGGCGAGAAACAGCUCGAAGCUGAAGUUUGACGGCGCCACGAAUGACAACUUUUUGGCUGUCGACCUCGAUGUCACCGACACCGCCUCUGUCGACAAGGCAUUCGACGCUGCCCUCAAGAAAUUCGGCCGCAUUGACGUCGUGACCAACAAUGCAGGCUACGGUCUAUCGGGCGAGUUUGAGAGCGUCUCGGACAAACAAGCACGCACGCAGAUGGAGGUCAACUUCUUUGGCCUGAUCCAUGUGACUCGCAAAGCGCUCAAGAUCAUGCGCGAGGUGAACAAGCCAGCGGGAGGCAAAAUCCAGCAAAUCACAUCCAUUGGUGGUCAGCGCGGCGUACCCACCUUCAGCAUCUACUGCGCCUCGAAAUGGGCAGUCGAGGGCUUCACCGAGGCCCUGUCCCAUGAGCUGAAGCCGGAGUGGAACAUCAAGUUGACUUGCAUUGAGCCUGGUGGAUUCCGCACAGACUGGGCAGGGCGCAGUAUGGUGUUUGGCGAGCAGAAAGAGGCGGCAUAUGAUCACAUUGAUGCGAAGACGCAGAUGGGCAAGAGACAUGGCACACAAGCCGGCGACCCGGCCAAGGGCGGCAGAGCAAUGUGGGAAAUCGCGCACAUGGAGAAUCCUCCGCUGCGGGUAGUCAUCGGCUCUGAUGCAUACAAGGCCAUUAUGCAAAAAAUCAAAGAUUAUGGCGAGUUGUACCCCAAAUAUGAGAAGUUGAGCAACAGCACCGACGUCGACGAGUAGAUGGCACCUCUAUGUACUGAAACAAUUAUAAUCGAGACAUGUCCU